UGUGUAUUGAUCUGUAAACCCGCCAAUAGGUCUAGUGUUCAGCCAUGCUCAUGUUUCAUCUGGUCCCAUCUGGUCUGAUCUAGCCUCCACUCACCCCUCCACUUGGUGAUGCAAUGUAGCUCUGUGGAACGGCACUGAAGACAGCACUGGAAAGGGUUUUCCCUUUCGAAAAGGCAUAAAUGUGCCAGCAGUCAUGGUAGAGUGCUUCACAUACAACAGGUGCUGAGAGGAGCCGGGUUUGCGGAAGAUACCAUAAGAGGGUAAGACUUUGCUGAAAUUGUUCUUCAACAUGAAUCCAGGAGUGAGCCUCCUGUGUUUCUUCCUGUGCCUGAGCACCGUAGUGUGUGACCGGGUCUACGUCCACCCCUUCCAUCUGUUUUCCUACAACAAAAGCAGCUGCGAGAAGCUGGACAACUUGACGCAGGAGGAGAAAAUGUUUGUCCCCAUUUCCAUUGAGUCCCAAACCAUCCCUGCCUACGAAGAGAACCUGAAAGACAAAACCAAACUGGGAACACAAAGCUCGGAUACCAAGCGUGACCAAAGGCUGAGCUACUUGAAAGACCUAGUGCAUGUUCUCGGUAUGCGCUUCUAUGGCGCGCUGAAGGAAACGCUGAAGGGUGAAAACAUUCUCCUGUCACCUACCAAUCUCUACAGGUCUUUGUUGUCGUUCUACUUAGGGGCCUCUGAACAGACAGCAACUGAUUUACAGAACUUCUUGGGAUUCGUUCCCCCCUCCGGUGACCCAGACUGCACCUCCAAAGUGGAUGGACACAAAGUCCUUUUGACCCUGAAGACCAUGGAUGACCUGCUCCUCUCAAGCGGAGCUGAUGAUCCGCUUUUUACCAAGCUUUCCUGCCUCUUCUCUGCUCCCAGUGUGCGUUUAUCCGAAUCACUCGUGCACAGCCUGGCCCCUUCUGCCGAUUAUUUCUAUGCCCGAGCUGUUGACUUUACGAACCCAAGUCAGGCAGCAGAAUUAAUCGAAAGCUUUGUGAAGGGCAAAGAUGUCAGCAGAACCCAGAAUGUACUGACAAACAUAGACCCUUCUACCACCCUGCUGUUUGUGACUUACAUUCAGUUUAAAGCCAAUGUGAAGAAAGCCUCCCAACUGAAAGAGCUUCAGGAGUUCUGGACUGAUUCAAGCACAAAGAUCCUGGUACCUAUGAUGUCCGUAACUGGAACAUUUCAGUACAAGAGGGAUGACAGCAAGAAUUUUUCAGUAAUCAAAGUUCCUGUCAGUGAGAACACUUUACUCGUGCUGGUGCAGCCUGUCAACAGCAAUGACCUGAACCAGAUAGAGUCGGAACUUUCCUUGCAUCCAUCUUCUACUUGGCUGCAAAAUCUGUCACCAAGACAUAUUAAAUUAUCUUUGCCAGAGUUAACAAUACAAAGCGCGUAUGACCUUCAGGAACUGCUCACGAACAUGAAUUUGUCUGCACUGCUGGGGAAGAAAGCAAAUCUUACUAAAAUAAGCGAUGCCAAUCUUACUGUUGGAAAGGUUAUAAAUAAGGCCCUUUUCAAACUGAAGAACGGAGAUGAUCUACCAGAAGACCUCUUAGAAGAAAAUGAAGGCUUGCUGCCACUGGAAGUAACACUGAACAAACCGUUCCUACUAGCAGUUUAUGAGAAGAAUUCAAAGGCAAUGGUUCUAAUUGGCAGAGUAACAAACCCACUGAAUGGUUUUUAAAGCCAGGGGCUGUGGGGUGGGGGGAGUGGAAAGAAGGGCAAAGGGAUAGGCAAAGUAUCCCAUGUUUCUAAUCCCCAUUUCCCUCUGCUAUCUAUGAUCCUGUUGAGCAGCUGGAGUUAGCUUUGAAGUGAAGCAGAUGGUAUUUCAAAUACAACUUUUAAAAGAUAAAAUGCUAGUGAUAAUUGUGUAUUUUCCCCCCCCCCCAAUUAGUCAUCCACUGAGAGGGAGAAAAACCUUUUGUCUGUCUGUUGGGAACAUGAUGAUUCCAGUGUGAAGUUUGACUGCUUAACAUAACUGGUGUUUUACUGCAGAGAAUGUAAAGAAGGGGUAUCUUCAGCUCUUUUAUACAUUUGAAAAGUUGGGUGGUUGUGUGGGAGCAGCACAGAUUGUAUUACAGAAGUAGUAUUAAAACAAUACCAUGUGA